AUGAAGGGCACACCGGGGAGCCCCGCGCCGCGCCGCGCCCCGCUCACCUGGGUGUCCGUGCGGGCAGGGCCCGCGGGGCUCGGGCGGCUCGGGCCGGGCUCGGCUGGGAUCGGGCCUAGGCCUAGGCCUGCCGCUGGGCUCGGCCCCGGCCCCGCUCCCGCCGCGCCGGCCCCGCCCCGCCGCGCCGGCACUCCGCGUCACUUCCGGCCGCUGGCGGCGCGGGCCCUGCCCACAGCCAAUCGGAGGCCGCGGUACUGCCAGGCCGCGGCGGGGGGUCUCACCGGGGCCGGGCGCGGGCGCGGGGCGGGUGACGGGCCGGCGCUGGCGGCGGGCCCGGCGCUGACGGGUUCCUCUCCCGCAGUGCGGUUCGCCAACGGGCGGCUGGAGCGGCCCGAGUCGCUGCGCUUCACGGUGUACCGGAACCGGGACUCGGCGCACCCGCGGAAGAGGCACCGGCGCAUCCUGGUCUCGGAGACAGAGCGGCUCUGCUACGUGGGGCACAACUUUGGCAGCGAGGUCACGAAGUGCAACUCCCUGUGCAGGUACUUUGUUGGAGUGCUAGACAAGAGCUCUGGGCAGAUGGAGGUCUACAAUGCUGAAAUAUUCAACAUGCAGCCCCUGCUCUCAGAUAACGUGAUGCCUGACGACACGAAGGAGUACCAGAAGAAAUCCUACAGGGAGAAGAUGGAUCUGUGCAUCGAGGCCUUCGGGACCAGCAAGCAGAAGCGAGCUCUGAGCUCUCGCCGCAUGAACGCCGUGGGCAGCGACAUCGUCAGCACGGCCGUGACAAAAGCAGCUGCCAACGUGAUAGACUCCAAGGGAGUCACAGCUCUGAUGCAGGACAUGGCCCAGGACGACGUGCAGAACAUCUCUGCCUUCCUCCCGCCGUGCCACGAGGACGCCGACCGGCCGGAGCACGUCUACAAGUUUGAGGACUUGCUGUCUCCUGCUGAGUACGAGGCACUGCGGGUGCCAGCAGCCGCCCUGGCCAGCGCCACCGCGGAGGAGAUAGCCAAGAGGGCAGAGGAGAGGAGCCUCUGCUCCUUUGUUUUGGAGGAGCUGAAGUUCCUGCCCACUGAUGAGAAGAGCAGGGACCACAAAGCCCGGUGCCUCUGGUUCCUGGACACCCUCAUCAAGUUCAGCCAGCAGAAAGUGAUCAAGAAGAAGCAUCCAAUGGGUCCCGAGUGCCCACACAUCAUCAGCAAGAAACUCAUGAAGAACUUCACCUCGCUGACCUACAACAACGGCAGCAUCCAGAAUCUGAUCUCUGCAUCCAUGAAGGCUAAAAUCACCGCCUACGUCAUUGCCCUGGCUUUGCACAUCAACAACUUCCAGACGGAUCUCACCGUCCUGCAGAACGACAUGAAGCUCUCGGAGAGCAGGAUCCUGGACAUCGCCAAGGCCCUGCGGCUCAGGGUGUCCAAGGCCAAGGGGCUGCCCGGGCUGGAGGAUGACCAGAACCACAAGCUGGGCACUCUGUCCCUGCCCCUGCCCACGCAGAAGGCGCCAGAGGGGCGGCGCAAGCGCAAGAAAAUGAACUGAGGGGCCCUGGAGCUCUGGGGGGACACAGCCCCUCCCUCAGGAUGUCAUGGGGAUCCUUCAUCUGCUGGGUUUGGGUCCAGCCCUCAUCCAGCUGAAACCCAGGCUGAGGGUUUCACCUCACUGAAAUGCUGCUUUUUUCUAUGUAUAUAGAAAAAGCUAUAAUAAAACAUUCUUUUUUCUAG